GCGGGACUCGGUGUCGCUCGGCCUCGGCAGUGCGGCGCAGAUCACAGGGAAGAGAGGUUGUGUGCCGGGCGUCCUCUCGCGCUGUCCCGAGGGCGGAGCUUCCACCACCACAGUCAGCAACAGCCUGCACUUCGACCAGCACGCCAGCUGGACUCCUCUGCGCUGGAGUGGCGUUUGGUCUCGGAAAUGGCGAGCGAUCGUGUGGUGUGGCCUGUGUCUGCUGUGUCUCUGCGGCGUGCUGCUGAGGGAAGCCUUGCCUUACUUCUUCCCGACGCUGUCUGAUCACAGGACCCGGCGAUGCCCUCCCUCCCCCGUGGAUGUGGAUGGCUGUGCUUCCUGGAGGCCCCUGCAGGUCCCGCACCCCGUCUGCGCUUGCUACAGGAGGCUCCUCGUCCUGCACGACGCUUGCACGAAUAUGGGGACGUCAGACGCGUCCGGAUACCUGACUUACGUCCGUGAAUAUUUCGGCAACUCGACGUGUUCGGAGGAGGCGACGCUCAGAGGGCCCCACCAGCAUGUCGUCUCCAUUUCCCUCCCGGCCGCCGCGGGGGAAGGGGACUUGGCUUCUCUGAACCUCACCGUCAGCGAAAUUGUUGAAGUGUACAAAGGGUGGGUUGUGCGCCUGUACACCCGCGUGACUCCCGAGACGCGCGCCGGCCUGUGCUCGGUGGUGUGCGGUCAACACGACGUCGACCUGUGUGACGUCACUCGGCUGCCGCUGCCCAUCCUGCCCAUCGUCAGCGCCAGGGAUGAAGGAUCAUCUGGCUGGAAAUGGGGGGUGUUGGGAGACCCUCUGGUGUCAGCGUGGGCAGUGCGGGAUGUUGGCACCGUUGUGUUGGCGAGAGAAGCCCAUGCCCUCACGCAGUUCAUCAAUUCGGAUAAGUGUUGGCACAUGAUGGUCGACCACACCUCGCACGCCGGUGACCCUCUCGGAUCGCACCUGCUGGGGGGCAAGACGUCCUGGGGCGGCCCGAUGCUAACUCACCUCCGACACCGCUUUCUGCAGGAGGUUCACGGCCCGAAGGACGUAGACGGCAUCCUGGUGGAGGAGCUGCUUCCCGAGAUGGGCGAGGACUUGAUGACUCACGACAGCGUCACUUGCAGCCACACCUCGGGGGCGCUCCCCUUCCCCAGCCGCCGUCCCCCCGGCCACUGGGUAGGGAUGCCCAGGCAGAAAUCGCCCCAGCGCCGUCCCUUAGCAGCGGUUCCGAAGCCUGGACCUACACCUCGGACCACCCAGACGCCUUCGGCCGGGACGCAAACCGGAUCUAGACGUGGCGGCGGCGACGAAGGAGCGACCGAAAGGAGGCACGAAAGUCCCCCCAGCGACCACAGAAGCGCAGGGAAAUCCACGCCGUCUCUCCAGGGACGCCGCCACUCCUCUAAAAAACCGUCGAAGGGCAAGGCGGAGACUCCGAAGUUGGAGGAACUCAAAGAAGACGAGGUCAACGAAGAAGCAGGAAUACCCGUGUGUCCCGUGACUUGCCGGCCACACAUGCACCCGGACUGGGAAUACUGUUGAUAUUCCAGGUUGCGAACCGCAUUUAUGGUGACAAACGUAGAAAAGGUAUGAAUGAGAAGGAAUAUCUUCACAACACAAGAGAUGUAUUUGACCGGUUUCGAACUGUAUUUCUGACGAAGAUAUAUUCCAGACGGGUCAAAUAUAUCUCUUGUAUUGUGAAGAUAUUCUUUCUCACUAAUACCUUUCCAGAUUGUUACAAGAAUAGCGAAAGACCAAGGUGAACUCCUUGCACGUGGUAUGGGGAAUUGCAUGAAGCACGUAUGUUUUAAUUAAUCUAUAUCUAUUUAAUACAGACUUCGAACUUAUAAAUUAUUUUUAUCACAUAUACGAAACUCAAUGGAAGUAAAAACUUAUAGUUGUA